CUGAUCGCGUCGUUUGUCUGCUUGCGUUUUCUUCUUCUCCGUGGUGGUGUUUCGUUUGGAUCGUGGUUGUGAAGGUGCCAUUGCAAUUCAAGAACAAGAACAAGAAAACAGAGUGGGGAAGAAGAAGAAAAGUAAGCAGAAAACAGAGUCAGCCCCUUGAGAUUGAGAGUGCGCGCAGAGCAGAAGCAGAGAAGAGAACAAUGGAAGAAGCAUCAUCAUCAUCAUCAUCAUCAUCAUCAUCAGGUGGUAGCAGUGAACAACAAGAGUUACUGCUAUGGAAAUCGGACCCCCAACCCGAAUCCAUCGUCUCCGUCACGCUCGCACGCGCCGUCACCUCUCUCCUCACAACCCGCCCCACCAAACUCCACGACUCCAUUUCUCGCCUAUCACCUUCCCCCACUCCUCCUUCCACCGCUUCCCUCGAACACUCCCUCCGCUUCUUCCACACCUUCGUCACCGACGCCGCCGCCGCCAACAAUCUCACUUCCCUCGACCAACUCCUCCUUCCCAUCAUCCACAGCUUGUUGAAGUCCAAGGACACCAAACGCGGUGGCCAAGCCAUGAUUCUGCUCAGCUGGCUCUUCCAGGACGAGCUUCUCUUCGUGCCCGUUGCUGAAGCGCUUGCUGGCAUUGUUGCCAGAAAGCGCGACGACCGGUAUGUGUUGUUUGGUUGGUGUCUCCUUGUUCGGAGUCUUGUAGAGUAUGAUAGUUCUGUUCAUCAAUCCAUGCUUGCUGGAAUAAGGGAGAGAUAUGGUGAUUUGUUGAAGAUACUAUCGACCCGCUUGCCUGAUUUGGCAGGCAUUGUAAGUAAUGAAAGCACUCUGCAGGAUGGUUUUCAGUUGCCAUCUCGCCUUGGAGUGUCUGCCGCUGACUGUUUGUUGUCCAUUUCUGGAGCAUUAACAAAAGUGGCUGAGCUUGAUGGUAAGAAGUCAAGAUUAAAUACUAGAGCAAAAGAUCAGGCAAUUGCUUUUGUACAAUCUCCUAGUGUUGAAAAGAAGGUGAAAAUGGGUUCAAAAUCUUUGUUGAUGUCAAAGUUUGAAAGGGACUAUAUUCUUUGGAACCAUUUAGAUCACCUUAUAUGUUUGGUGCAAAGACUCCUUUCUUGGAGCAAAAAAAGCCGUUUAUUACAUGCUCAAGGAUUGGAGCAAGUUCUGAAAUGGCUGGAGGAGAUAAAGGGUCACUAUGGGUCCUUGCUACCUGAGGCAGAUUGUAAUGCUCUGAAGUCUGGGGAUUUACUACUAUGCUCUUGCUGGAAGCAUUAUAGCAUGCUAUUACACUUGGAAGAUCAUAAGUUUUCUCAGCAUUACAAGGAACUCUUGGACCAGUAUUUAUCUGGAAUUCAGUAUUAUAUGGACAACCAUGCUGGUGGGUAUACUGACAACAAGGAUGGUGGGUUGGAGACAAUGAAGUUUUUUUUGAACUGUCUAUGCUUACUACUGGGACGUCUAGAUAGCAAGAGAUUUGAAGGAACAGUGUCAGAAUUUGGAAUGAAUAUCUCACGCAUUCUAGUACCACAGCUCAACUGCAGUGAUGAAGAUGUGGUAGUUGGGGUUGUUUCAAUAUUCAAGGCAAUUAUUUUGAAGCCAGAUUACUCAGAAGAAGACACACUCACUGACAGUAGACAGGCGAAUCUUGUGAUACCUUUUCUGCUUCACCUUCUAGAUGAACAGGACGGUCCAGCUAGAGCUGUUGUUUUGCUGAUAGCAGAAUACUGCUCAAUGAGCAAAGAUGAUAAGUGCCUUAUGGAAGUUCUAAAGCGCCUUGCUUCUGGAAACAUUUCACAGAGAAGAAAUGCUUUGGACGUUAUAUCAGAGAUCUUAAAUAUAUCAUCAGAGUCACAGAAAUUAUUGCCUUAUUCUGCUUGGCAAGAUAUUGCCAACAAAUUGCUUGGGCUGCUUGGAGAUGAAGAAAUUUUGAUUCGUGAGCAAACAUCCAAGUUGCUUCCAUUGAUAGACCCAUUGUUGUACUUGCCUGCAUUGGUUGGUCUUGUUUACUCUUCUGGUGAGAGCCAAUCAUCUGCUAGUGAUGCCAUCAUUGGCGUCCUCAAACGACACAACCAGAGAAUUGAAAUUGUAUUCUUGCUUCUUGACUGUCUUAGCAACAUCAGCCAUAGCCCGGAUCUUUCAGAGUCCACCGGAGAUAAAGGAUCAAAGUUGGAUGCUGACCGAGUACUCAAACUGGUUCCAGAAUGGUCUAAAAGUGUCCAGGACUGGAACUCCUUAAUUGGACCAGUGGUUGACAAGAUGUUCACAGAUCCAUCAAAUGCAACUGUUGUGAAAUUCUUGAGUUAUAUCAGUGAAGACCUGGCAAAUGUUGCUGAUCUUGUAUUGCAUCAUGUUAUGUUGCAUGUUAGAGAACAGAAGAAGAUUCAUGAAAGUUUCUUAUCAAGAUGGGAGUCUAGAACCUAUACCAGUGAUGAGUUUGAAGAAAUGCAGCGAUCUCUGUUUGAGCGUCUCUGCCCGUUGCUCAUAAUUAAGAUGCUUCCCAUGAAAACUUUCAAUGACCUGAAUUCAUCAAUUAUGUAUGGAAAACUCGGUCAAAAUGUGAUUCAUGAUUCAGACAGCGGGGACACUGAGACUAGUUACAAGUGUAUUGCAAAUCUCCUUCUAAACAGGGCAUUUUGUGAAUUUGAAUUUGAAGAUGUUCGGAAGCUCUCUGCUGAGCUGUGCGGACGCAUUCAUCCACAAGUCUUAAUCCCAUUUGUUUGCUCCAAGUUAGAGGUGGCAAUGGAUUCUAAAGAUAUAGUGAAGAUAAAAGCCUGUUUAUUUUCAAUAUGCACAUCCCUUGUGGUCAGAGGCUGGGAGUCACUUUCCCAUCCUUCUAUGCUUGCAAUUAGAAGGAUGAUUGAAACAGUGCUGUUAUGGCCUUGCCUGAAUGCUGAUUCAGUUUCUAAAGCACAACAUGGAUGCAUUGAUUGUCUAGCACUGAUGAUAUGUGCUGAACUACAAGCUAAGGAAUCAAUCAAAGACUCCACGCCAGACAGAAUUACGGUUGCUGAGAAGAAAGGGAAUUCUGUUGUCACUUAUAUGAUACACCAGUUCGUGAAUGACAAGGAGCAGGCAUCUAUUCCUGAGUUGGGUGAUGGUGUUGCUGCUGUUCCUCUCUCUUUUCGUCUGUGCAUGGGUAAUGUUCUCAUCAGCGCUAGCCAGAAGAUUUCAAAGUCUUGCAAGAAGCGCUUUGCAGCACAAGUUCUUCCUUUUCUUCUUCAUUCUCUUGAGUUUGAAAUGAAGUCAGAGAUUAGAGCAGCAUGCAUCCAGGUUCUAUUUUCAGCUGUCUAUCAUCUAGGAUAUGCAGUUCUUCCUUAUGCAUCUGAGCUUCUCAAAAUCUCGCUAAAGGCCCUAAGAAAGGAGUCAGAGAAGCAGGAAAGGAUGGCAGGUGCGAAGCUAAUAGCAUCUCUUAUGGCCAGCGAAGAUGUGAUUUUGGAAAAAAUAUCAGGUGGACUAUUAGAAGCAAGGUCCGUACUUUCAACUGUUUCCUCAUCAGAUCCAUCACUUGAAUUACGACAGCUUUGCUCCAAGUUGCUAGCAUGCAUAUCUUCUCCAUGAGCUGCGAAUAACAUUUUCUGAGUAUGUUAUAGAAGAUCUCACUUAGUUGCGGUAUCACUCUCCCUGUUAUUUUUUAUCUUUUAAAUUGUACAUAAAUUCUCUUUGUAUGGGCAGUUAAAAUAUUUGAAACAGAUUUCAUGGCUUGCCUUGUUGAAUGGUCAUGAGAAGUAGUUAUAACCGUGAGCAUGUUGUAUAUAUACAGUACAGUGUAACUGUUAUUAUUAGAUUAAUGUACCCUCAAAA